UCCAUCCAUCCAUCCAUCCAUCCAUCCAUCCAUCCAUCCAUCUUCUACCGCUGGCUGCAGUAUCUAAUGCCAAAAUGAAUAAGAUUCUAAUGCAACUGUAAAUGUUUCUAAUGUGAAUUCAAAUUUUAUUAAACCAAACACAACCAUACACUUUCUGAUGUGCUACAAAAAUGCAUUUUAACUGUCUGUUAUAAAACUAACAAAAGAUUUAAUACAAAAUAAUUAAGUCCUAUAUGAACAUGGUGCACAGAGUAGACGUCUAAGUGCAAAUACAGGUUUUUUAUUUUUUUUUAGUUAAAGGUUAGAGAUUAGUUAAAAUCUUCAUGAAACUUUUAGCCAUUUUUAAAGACUGAUGUACUCUGCUGUCUGGAUUAAGGUUAGAAGUUUAUUUCACCACUGAGGAAAAGUCAGUUUAAAUAUUUUCAGGUUUAAAAUAUUUCACUAUGAUCUAUGAAGCUGGAUUCACCUGGUCAUGCUCUGGUACUGUUUACUCUAGACAGACAUUGCACACAUCUCGUGAACCUGCCUGUCUUGCUCAGUGCUGUUCCCAAACCAGUUUGUGGCGCUUCCUGUUAAGACUCUCUCAAUGCUCUCAAUAUCUUAAUAAUAUUUCAUUUUUUUUCUUCAACAUAGAGUCAAUCAUGGGACAACCGGUACCCAAACCUGAAUUUGUCACAGUUCUGCCUGAUCAACAAGCUGUACAUGGACAGACGAUUAUUCUUUCCUGUCAGGCAAACACAGACUAUGUAACAGUCUCAUGGGAAAAGCGUGGCCAAAAAUUGACUUGUGUUGAGGGCAAGCACAAAAUGAUAACAAUUGGUACACAUUAUGUCUUGGAAAUAUCAAACGCUGUGGAAAGUGAUGAAGGAAAAUACACCGUAACCCUGAGAAACAGUUCAGGUUCCACUUCAUGCUCUGCACUUGUGAGAAUCAUUACAAAAGAAUGGAGGACAGUGGAAUGGAAAGAAGAGAGAAUGUUAGAGUCUCUCGAGACAUUUAAAAUUUGUAAUGAAGUUCAAGAGCUCCGAUUCCUUGUCUGUGGACCAGUUGGAGCAGGAAAGUCCAGCACCAUAAACACCAUCAGAUCCAUUUUUGAAGGCCGCCAGUUUAUCGACUGUCUGGCUGCUGCAGGAACAACAACGAGUCAUACUCUAUCUUAUGAAAGAAUUCAAAUCACAAAUAAAGAAGGAUCAUUUCCUUUUGCCUUCAAUGAUAUAAUGGGUGCAGAAACAGACUCUGGAGUCCUCAGUGAAGAUAUCAUCAGUGCUUUAAAAGGUCACAUUAAAGAGGGUUACACGUUCAACUCUCAAACUCCACUGUCUGAAAGCAGCCCUUACUACAAUAAAAACCCCACCCUGAGUGAUCAGAUGCACUGCCUGGUGUUCGUCAUGCCAGCUGACACAAUUUCAACCCAAGCCCAAAAGGUUCUCAAAAAAAUGAAGAGUGUCGUAAAAUCAGCAAGUGGCAUGGGAAUACCUCAAGUGGUUUUCAUGACAAGAGUAGACCUUGCAUGUCCAAUAACCAAGGAGAACCUGCAAAACGUCUACAAAAGCAAGAAGAUCAAAGACAAUAUGCAGAAAUGCAGUUAUGAACUGGGUGUUCCUGUGAACCGUAUCUUUCCCGUCAAGAACUAUCAUGAGCUGGUCCACAUGGAUGAAGCUAUAAACUGCCUGAUGCUCGAUGCCUUAUCACAGAUUAUCUACUGGGCUAAUGACUAUGUGCUCAAAAAGAGUUCACAACAAUAAUCAACCUGUGAAUAAAGAAAGUUCACAUGAAAAGUGACAAACAAUUUUAAAGCAUGUCUAAUGAGUUACUCAGAUAUAUAUAUAUUAAUCCUAUACUUAAUGAAAAUGAAUUUGAAAAUAGAAAAAAAAAUAUUAAUCGUCAAGCAAAUUCAUGAAAACUCAGAGUCACAAGCUGCUAAAUAGAGUUCUAUCAUUUCAUUAGUUAUAUUAUGAGGUGUAUCAUUAGUUAUUACUAAGGGAUCAUUGAAGGUUUCACCAACCUCUAGAUCAAGUCACAGUAGUUGAGUUUUAACUCUUGAAGCAGACUUUACAGUGUCUUGCUUUUCUCUGGUCAGCACACAUUCAAACUUUUGGUUGUAUAACAUGGGGUCACGUCCUGGAGGAAUGGAUAUGAGAUCAGAUUUAAAGGCCAACGUCACUGAUGCUAUGCUGUGCAUUUCCUUCAAUGCAAAUGAUUAAUUAUUAUUAUUUACUGUGUAACUAUAUCUUAACUUUUGUUAAUUGCCUUUAAUACUUUGAUUUUGUUAAUACAAAUGUUUAUACAGCUCUGCUGAGUUUUUCCCAGUGCUUUCAGCUAAAUGCCAAAAUGCCUCAUGAAAUACACCACAUCUGCCUCCACAUGUGAUUGAACAUCUUAGACACAGUGAAGUUAAAUAAACACUAAAAUUUUUAAAGAUAAACAAGAAGUUUUUUAUUAUUAAGGGAAAACAAAAUCCAAACCCACAU